AUGACUCAGGAUAUGAUCCAAGAGCAUGACGAACCCAUCCUGAAACACCUCACUGACAUAACCACUACAAUUGAAGUCGAUCCCCACAUCAAGCCUGAUCAGGAAGAUCCGUUCAGUUUCGAUGGACCAUCAGUUGUGCGUGCUGUUGGCGAUACCAUCCACUGGAAUGAUGGCAAGAAUAUCACCAAAAAGGUUGUGAAGAAGAAGCUGAAGAAGGGUAGCAAUGCUGGGAAGUUCGUCACGAAAACGAUGAAGGCAGAUAGCUUUUUCAACUUCUUCGACACGAUUGUACCGCCCACGGAAGAACACAAGAAUGAGGACGACGACGAUGAUGACUCACAUGACCUUAUGCGAGCUGACUUUGAAAUCGGACAAGUGCUUCGUGACAAUAUUAUUCCUCGUGCGGUGCUGUUCUAUACUGGUGAAGCUGAUCUUGGUGAUGAUAUGUUUGACAUUGGCGAGGAUGGUGAUGACGAGGAGGAGGAAGAAGAUGAUGAAUAUGACGAGUAG